UCGACAGCUGUAUUCCCAUUUGCUGAUGGGAAACAGGAAACACAUCCUAUGAGCCAGCAGAACAACCUGGACCAUCUAAAACAUUUCUCCAUGAUAGAGGCAACUGUUAAUCGUUCACCGGCAUUGGUUGGGAUGUAAAGAAGAAAAUAUGCCCCUGGUCAAGAGAAACAUUGAGCCUCAGCACUUGUGCCAUGGUGCAGUGCCUGAUGGGAUUGGUAACGAGCUGGAAUGUGUGACCAACAACACGUUAUCUGCCAUCAUCCGACAGCUAAGUUGUCUGAGUAAGCAUGCAGAAAAUGUUUUUGGGGAGCUUUUUAAUGAGGCCAACACCUUUUAUACUCGUGCAAACUCUCUCCAGGAUCGGAUUGACCGCUUGGCGGUCAAAGUUACCCAGCUGGACUCCAAUGUAGAGGAGGUGUCUCUUCGAGACAUAAACUUGAGGAAGGCCUUCCGAGGCUCAUUGGUCCAGGACCAGCAGGUUUUGUCCAAAGGCAGCACUCCCAGUUUUGUUGCAGAAAUAUAUGAUGGCUGUGACAAGCCUCCCCCUCUUGGGUCCCUCACUGGUUACAGAGAGGACUCCAAUGAUGCAAUGAAAUUCUAUUCGGACCCGUCCUAUUUCUUUGAUCUGUGGAAGGAAAAGAUGCUUCAGGACACCGAGGAAAAAAGAAAAGAAAGGCGGAGACAAAGGGAACAGAAGCGAUGUAUGGAGAGCAGCACACUCCAUCGGGAGGUGAAGAAAGUGAGGAAGGCACGAAACCGCAGAACAGAAUGGAAUAUGAUGGCUUUUGAUAAAGAGCUCCGUCCAGAUCACCACCACCCAAAAACUCUUCGACGAGGAGCAUCAUCAGAGGGCUCGCUGUCUCCAGAUGGCAGGCCUGACCUUCUGGACUAUCCAAUCCCUCCAGUACCUGUUCAUGCUGCUUGUAACUAUGCCAAGUCUCAUGAUUACAUCCCAGGAAACGCACAUCCCUCACCACCUGUGGAGCAUGAAUACCACAGUAUCGAUAUCAAUUACAAGGCAGUAACCUAUGCUGCAACAGAGCCCCAUGUUGCAGACAGAAUAAACGGCUUUGGACGUCUGGCUACAGACUGCAACUUCAUUCCCCAGCCUCCUCCCAAAGCCCCCCCCAUCCCCUCAGCCCAGACUGCGUUUGGCUUUCCACCAGCUCCGCUGCAUAAUGGAAAUGUUCACAUCGGACCAGGUUACCCAUUCCCACCCGUACCUCCUCAGGGGCCAUGCACAGCCCCGCCUCCCCCAGGUCCCCCACCUCCACCUUUGCCACCCCCUUCUGUGCCCUCACACCCACAACGCCACAAUGAGAGCUGUAGGGCCGAAACAAAACCAGUUAGAGAUGCCAGAAGUGACCUGCUUUCUGCCAUUCGAAUGGGUAUCCAGCUGAAAAAAGUUCAAGAACAGCAAGAACAGCAAAACAAGGGGGAGCCAGUGGGGAACGACGUGGCCACCAUACUUUCCCGACGAAUUGCAGUUGAAUACAGUGACUCUGAGGAUGACUCUGAGUUUGAGGACAAUGAUUGGUCAGACUGA